AUGAAAGUUGAUCAAACAAAAUUCAAAGAUCAUAGUAUAAAACUCACAUGGAAUGUAAAAAAGCAACUUGGCAUAGAAGAGUACACUAACUAUUUAUUUGAUAUAACCCGAACGUCGUCUUUGAUAAAUAGCAAAGAUCUAAAUCAGAAAAAAAUUACUGAUUUAUCUCUAUUCUUAAAAAUGCUUCAAAGAAAGCACGUGUCACAUGACAUGCUUCGUUAUGGGAUAUGCAUUUAUCGUAAGGGCACCACAAAUCCAUGUUUUACAGUAGUUCCUUUAUUAUGCCCAGAAAUGAAAACCCAUAUGAAUGACUUAUUCUGUGAAGACCAUGAAAUGCAUCACAUGCUUAGUCCAUCAUUAAAAGAAAACAUUGAAGGUUUAAAGGAAAAUCAUGGCAUAAAUAUUUCAGAUAUUUUAAAUGUUUCUAAACUAUACAUAACCAUUAAGGAUGUUAAUUAUACAAAGUCUAAGCUUGGUUUACACUAUACUAUAAUGAACUCGAUCUUUUAG